UGUGUGUGUGUGUGUGUGUGUGUGUGUGUGUGUGUGUGUGUGUGUGUGUGGGUGUGUUUAUGCUACCUCUUGGGGACAUGGAUGUGUUUUUUUACCUUCCAUGUGGGGACACGAUGACCAACUGGGGACAAAAUCUGUGUCCCCAUAAGGAUGCCCAUUGGAACUGAUAGGAAAUAGCAUGCUAAUAUAGCCUGUGCAAAUUUCUUAGCUCCUUACUUGUGACCCCAGAAGGUGGUUUUACCAGUGUUGGAGUGUGAGGGUGUGUGUUCGGAUUUGCCCCCUGAGCCGGGUCUUGGUACUGCAGUGUGCAUAUUUAAUAAAUCUCCGCCUCAUAUUUACAUGUAUGGCGGGAAACUAAGAAGACGUGUUUCCCCCUAUGGCUCGGUCCUGGUACAGCAUUGUGCAUAAUAAAUAAAUGCCAGAUAUUACAUAUCAAUAAAUGCUACAUAUCUUGGACACAAGGAAGUUAUCUCAAGUUAACUGCUCAGCUUUUGAUGGAUAUCAAUCAUGUAUUCUAGUAAAUUAAUAAAGUAUGAUGAAUAUAGACUAUCGUACGCUUCGACUAUAAAAAUUAAUAUAAUUUUCAGACACUUUGUAUGUUAUAGCCUAGUAGGAUGUUUAGAUCUUGUUCUACAAGCAGCCAUAAAAUAUCAAAUUGUUUUACCAAAACGUUGAAAAACAAACACCUGCUAAACAUAGUCAAUUACUAGUCAUGAAAUCAGAAACCAAUGUUGUAAUUCAUGUUAUGUUAGUAUCAUGUUAGUAGAUCGCGUUGCUGAUAGCUUAGGCUAGCUAACAAGAUAGCACACGUGAUUACAGUAGGUACAGCCUGUCCACGCAACGCAGUAACCCCACCCAUUUGUAUAGCGCCCAAUACAAAGUAAUGAUAAAGCUAUGAAACAACGUAUAUUAUGUAAUUAUUGUUAUCCUACCUUAGACAUGUUGUCGGCGAAGAUAAUGUCCAAACUAUCGUUUGAUGUCAACAGGGACGGACUGACAAUCUGUGCGUUCUGGAAAAGUCCAGAACGGCCGUCCGUUUAAACUUACGGAAAAAAGGCACAGUAUAAACAUAUAAACUACCGGUAUUUAUUUACUUCAGAUCACCGUUCGCGGGGCCGGUAUACGUCACCAUGGUAACCGCGGCGCGACUCAAGUUAUUUUGCCUAGAAUUAUGGGUAGUGUAGUAUUUCUCCAGAAGAUCGCAAAUAACAAGGUUGAUUUUUAUACUUUGUGGCUUUUAUGGGAGCAGAAACUUUCGUUUCUCAGCCUCGUAGCUCAUGGUCAAUCUAACUUGGAUGGUUUAGGGGUCUCCAAACUUUUUUAUCUACUUUUUAAAAAUGAAAGUGGCCGAGAGCUAUAUGCAAAAAUUAAAUCUAUAAAAAAAAAAUAACUAACAUAAAUAAUGUCUCAUAACUCUCAUAUUAACAACUAUGCCAACUGUUUUAGACCUAAACGAGUUAUUGUAAGCCUAUAUGUCACCUUUAAUUGACAUAUAAAAAAAUUAUUAUACUGUAAAAACACAUAAUUAUUGUUGAUUUUAUAGUACAUCAUAACUAAUUUCAUGAUUAUAGUGACCAAAAUGAGCAUUGUUAUCACAUAAUCCUGUUCAAAAAGUACUAAUACUACACAAUAAAAUCAAUUCACCAAGUUUUAUGUCGAAAAUCAGCAAAUAACAAAUAAACUUACCAUCAAUAUGCACUUUUUGUUUGCAUAAACAUUAAAAUAGUAACAUUAAAAAUGAUGGCAAAAUUUGAAAGGAGUGUUUUGCAACAUGUUAUCUACUAACAUGUACAAGUUCAAAUAAAGUUUUGACAAAUAGUUUUUAUAAAAAGAUUAACCUUGCAUAUUUCAGUCUUUAAAUCAUUUUUAUAAAAAGGAUGAUUCAAAAAAGAAAAAAUACUGACAUUUACAAUACACAUUAUCUUAUCUUUUAUUAUUAAGAGUAAAAUUCGGUCUGAUUUUCCCGUGGCGUCGGUCGUUGCCAUGUACCAUACACUCUCCACAAUGACGAAGAAGUAUUAAUAGCCUAGCUAAUGGAUUUCCACUACCGAUAAACGCUUGCUGUAGUUUGGUUGCACCCCCAUCCUUCAUAUUGACUCGUUGCAUCUGGAAAAAAUGAGUGGGUCGCUUCAGUUAUUUGAAAUAAUGAACUUCAGCGCGCAAAAUACGCUAUAUGUGAACGGCCCUUGGCGAGCUACCUCCAAUCAGGCCACGAGCAACGUGUUGGAGGCCACUUUAGACAUUAUGUCUGAAAAUAAAUAUCCUAGGGAGAAAAUGAAUUGGAUUUUCCUGUUCUGUUGGGGGCCCCCUUGGAGGAUCCACUGAGAAGCAGCUCAAUUUAGCGCAGAAUUCUCUAUUUCUCUUAAAAACCCACAGAUGACUAUGUGAUUUAAGCUUGUUAAAAGCCAGAUGAAAUAUCACUGGUAUUCUCAACAUACUAACGUAAUAAACAGGCGAAACAUUGUUCCAAGAACAAACCAGUGAGAAGACAUUUCACUCCACAACUUAUGAAUUAACUGAAGUAAAACAAACAUUUUUUUUGGCAGAAAUAUACCUGUAUAAAUUCAUAUUAAAAAUGCUAUUAUAUUAAUAUAGUCAUGUAGGCCUAUGUAAUGCAGUAGGGUAAUGUUUUUUAAGAAGUUAUGGCAGUUUAUUUAUUUAUAUUUAUACUAAAUGUUUGGGCUACUGUUUUUGAUAACACAUACAAUAGGUUUAUAGAAAAUCAACAAAAAAAUCAAUAAAUAUUUUCAUAAUUUUUCAGGAAUUGUUGAUUUUUUUUUUAAACACUUGUAAGUCUGAACCAGAAUAUCAAGAUAUUUUAUUAUUUUGCAUAUGAUGGUGUGAAGUAAAAAAGCACCACCAUGUUAUAUGUAUAAUAAAUAUUUGAGUAUGACAAACACAAAUCCCUUUUAUUUUAUCCCUUGAGGUAGCCCUCGCACACAAAAGGGUUGGUUGGAGGAUGGAGACCCCUGGUAUAUAACUAUGUUUUAUAAUUAUAUGUUUGUGUAAUUUAGGGUUUCUGCCUGCAGUGACGUUUCAUUAUUUGCAUUUUAUGGCAUUGUACAUUUUUGUUUUUAUUUGAAGGCUGAAGCUUCAUUAAUACAUACAACCCCAAUUAUCAUCAUUGGUUUGAUAUGUUACUUGCUGUGAAUACUUUGUCUGAUGGGCUACAGUAUUGUGGCAUAGUAUCAGGACAUCCUGGCUAGUGUCUGUUGCACAGGGGCGAAUGACCGGAUGAUGGGCCUAUUUGGGAGAUACUCCAGGGCUGUUUUUUAGCCCCAGUCCGUCAAAUCUAUUUACUCUGCAGCAUAACUCCACUGACAGCGAGAUUUAACUUGGUAAAAGGUGAUGAUCCAGUUUCACACAGUAGAUGGAUAUAGUAGGUAAACACAGUAGUGCAAAUUAAUUAUGAAAUCUGCACUUAUCUAAAAACAUUUGAUUUCAGUAAAUUUACAAUUACAAUGUCGACUUCUUCAGGUUAUCAGGUUAACGCACAGUACACAAUCUCUGAAGGCAGAAACUCUCCUUGAGACUGUCACUAACUGACUUCACAAACUCUAACCAAAAAUAGUUACACAAAACAUAUAAUUGUAAUGAAUACACAUUUAAAAUAAUGUUUAUGAUUAGAUUACAUUUAGGUGUGCAUAUUAAUCACAUGGAUUUCUUUCAUUGGCUUUACUUUUUUUUGUUUAUUAAGUCAUAUACACUGGGGAGAAAAAGUACUUGAUAACCUGCAAAAUUGCCAGUGUUUCCCACAAAGUAUAGGAGUCUGUAUUUUUAAUCAUAGGUACUCUUAAACUCUGAGUGACGGAAACUAAAACAAAAAUCCAGAAAAAAAAAGAAAAAAAAAAUCACAUUGUAUGAUUUCAAAAUCAUCAUUUUGCAGUUUAUUGCAUGAUAUAAGUAUUUGAUACACCAGAAAAGCCAAACUUAAUUUUUGGUGCAGAAACCUUUGUUUGCAAUUACAGACAUCAUACAUUUCCUGACGUUCUUGACCAGGUUUCACACUGCAGCAAGGAUCUUCAGCUCCCUCCAAACAUGCUCUGUUGGGUUCAGGUCUGGAGACAGAGCUUGAGAUGCUUCUUACGGAGCCACUCCUCAGUUGCCCUGGCUGUGUGUUUCAGGUCAUGCUGAAAGACCCAGUAACAACCCAUCUUCAUUGCUCUUAUUGAGGGAAGAAGGUUGUUGGCCAAGAUUUCACGAUACACGGCCCCAUCCAUCCUCCCCCAUACAGUGCAGUCGUCCUGUCCCUUUUGCAGAAAAGCAUCCAUAAAGAAUGAUUACCAACCAUGAAGCAUGGAGGUGGAAAGAAUUUCCACAGCAAGAAUUUCCACCUCCAUGCUUCAUGGUUUGGAUGGUGUUCUUGAGGUUGCACUCAUCCUUCUUCUUCCUCCAAACACAGCAAGUAGAGUUUAGACCAAAAAGCUCUAUUUUCAUCUCAUCAGACCACAUGACCUUCUCCCAUGAAUGAGUAUGUGGACAAGUGUCUUUUAUACAGGUAAGGAGUUCAAACCGGUGCAGUUAAUAAAAAGUGGAGAAAAGGAGGGCUUCCUGUGAGAGCUGGAAUUCUUACUGGUUGGUAGGUGAUCAAAUGCUUAUUGUCAUAAACAAUAAACUGCAAAAAUAUAUAUUUUUAAAAUAUACAAUGUGAUUUUCUGGAUUGUUAUUUAAGAUUAUGUCAUUAGAGUAGAAGAGUAUACCUAAGAUAAAAAUGACAGGCUCUUACGUGGUUUGUAAGUGGGAACCUGCACAAUCCCCAGUGUAUCAAAUGCUUUUCCUCCUCACUGUAGAUAAAUGAGGGGAACACUUAUUUUAAAAGUGCCAUGUUGACACUGUUUUGGAGUUGCAACACUGAGUUCAAAUGACUGCAAACAAUCCCAUAUGAUACUUCAUCUGGUGCCCACUCUAAAGCAAAACUAUAUUCUUUCCAGUUAUUAAUUUAAAAUAACUUUCAUAUUAUCUGUAAUCGAAUGUGUUCCAUCCUACAAUUCCUCCUUUAAAACCCUUGCCUCACACUUGAAUUGCCAGGCAGGAGUUUAUUUUACUAACGUGAUUGUUUCUUUAACCAACGUGACAAAAUAUUUUGUCUUUUUUAUUUAUAAUACAGAGCUUAACUGUAGAGACCUACAUUUCGGUUGGAUAAAGGAGGGUACAUAAAUUAACCAAUAUCAAAAGCGUAUGUUGGUUGAUUGUUGUGGGUUUUUCCAUCUUCACACACACACACACUCGAGACCGGUGUAUGUCCUGGUUAAGACUAUCCGGGUCCCCACAUGGUCAACCCCUCCCCCACACCUAUACCCGCGCGCGCGUCUGGACCUAAUGAUUGCAUCUCGUCACUCACUCACUGGAGGAGCAGGUGAAAACGCAGCAGAAAUCAACGUGUUCGUCUCCAAGGUUUUCACUCAUGGAGAGAAGACGACGACGACUUGGACCAAUCCAGGAUGCGGAGUACCAUAUCCAAGCGGGGAUUGAUAAACCAUGUCUCCAGCAGCGUUUUAUCAAUCAUUUUAAAGGCCGAGGUGUUUUUGCCACUGAACUCAUAUACAGAGGCGACUUUGUAGUGGAGUACCGAGGAAAACUACUGUCACCGCAGCAGGCAGAGCUCCAAACUGAGUACAAUGAGUCUGCGAAGGUUUUUCUUUUUGAUUUUCAGUGGAAGAGUAAAACAUGGUGCAUUGAUGCAUGUGAAGAGGACUCCUCCCUUGGGAGACUCGUUAAUGAUGACCACAGACGACCUAAUUGCAAAAUGAAAACCAUAAAAGUAAAUGAGACCCCACACUUGUGUCUCUUCGCGGUUAGAGAUAUUACAGCUGGAGAAGAGUUGACUUACAACUACGGUGACUCAAACUGGGCAUGGAGAGCACAGCAGGUUAACAAGGAUGUACUACUUAGUGUGAAACCUGAGAUUGGGAGUAUAAAGUCUGCUGCUGCUAUAGUACAUGCUGAUUCAGUAGGGACUGAACUCACCACAGUCACAACUGCAGACUCACAGCCUGCUGACACAGCCCCCAAAACACACUUCACUGGCACGGACACCCUGUCCAACAUGCCCGUCUCAGAUGAUAAUUUGCAGAGUGAGCGCUCGAAGGCCAGGAUUGACAAAUUAAAAGCACACCACAAUAGGUGUGAAACUCGGUAUGAAUCUACGGCUGAGAAGCGAAAUGCUCUUCAAAGACAGCGAACCUUACUCCUAAUGCAAUUGGCAAACUUGGAUAAAAUGCUGGACCCAGAAUCACAUCCAGUCACUCAACCAGCAGAAGAUUCUGUGAUACCCUCACCAACAGACACACAGGUUGCUUUCCAAAACAUGGACACAGAUUCCAGCUCUGCAGAAGAUGGGAAUGUGUCCCACUCCAGUCCCAAGCUGGACCCAGAAUCACAUCCAGUCACUCAACCAGCAGAAGAUUCUGUGAUACCCUCACCAACAGACACACAGGUAUGGUCAGAAAUUGACCAUGCAUCUCCUUCAACCAGCGAAUGUGUACCACCAAAAAGAACAGAGUGUGUAUUUGUUGCUUUCCAAAACAUGGACACAGAUUCCAGCUCUGCAGAAGAUGGGAAUGUGUCCCACUCCAAUCCCAAGCUGGACCCAGAAUCACAUCCAGUCACUCAACCAGCAGAAGAUUCUGUAAUACCCUCACCAACAGACACACAGGUUGCUUUCCAAAACAUGGACACAGAUUCCAGCUCUGCAGAAGAUGGGAAUGUGUCCCACUCCAGUCCCAAGUUUAAAAAACAAAUGCUUGGAUAUGAUUCUGAAGACUCACUAAGCAGCAUGGAAAUAACAGAGGAUGAAUAUGUGCCAGGGUCUGAUUGUGAAAGUGAUACCAGCUCAGAGGGAGGCAGUAUAUUAAAGAAAAAUUCUGCCACCAUGGCCAGUCCUGCUGUUAAAAAUGAAACAAGAAAAACAUACAAGGGACAUAGAAACCGGAACUCUAAAUCUGACACAUCUGGGGAAAGCUCCAUUACUUCACUUACAGUCAUGCACAGUCAAAAGACUGACGAUGGAUCUAGAAGAUACACCAAAAAACAUUACUGUCUCUUUUGUGAGAAACCACAAUCCAAAAUCGCCAGGCAUCUGGAACUUGUUCAUGGAGAUCAAUCUGAAGUCGCUAAGGCCAUUUCAUCUCCAAAGAACUCCAAGGAAAGAAAGCUCCAACUGACUAUACUAAGGAAACAGGGGGACAGAGCACACAAUGUAGAUGUCAUUAGAAAGGGAAAAGGUGUCAUUGUUCCAUGUAAACAAACAAGUUCUCCAAAUGUCAAUCCAAAUAAAUUCUUACAUUGUGCAAAUUGCCAAGGACUUUUCAAAAAAAGAUUUCUUUGGAAACAUAUGAAAAGGUGCCCACUUCGAGGUGUUCUUCCAAAACCGGGUAGAACUCGAGCCCAAUCGAUUUGCGCCUUUGCGCAACCUGUGCAGGAAGGAGUUAGCAAGGGACUGUGGAAACUUCUCAGUGACAUGAAACAAGGUGAAGUGGUAGAUGUCAUAAAGAGUGACCAUUGUAUCCUCAAGUAUGGCGAACAGAAAUACAACCUCAUGGGACACCGGCGUUCUGAUCAUGAACUGAUCCGUCAGAAAAUGCGUGAGUUAGGGAGACUGGUUUUAAAAGGAAGGCAGGUGUCCCCUCUCAAAUCACUUGAGGAGUACAUUGAUCCAGCCAACUUCCAACACACAGUUAAUGCAGUUAAAGCUGUUACAGGCUUUCAGUGUGAAACAAAUAAGAUAGCAGUGCCAACGCUAGCCAACAAACUUGGUCAGAGCCUCAUGAAGGUUGCCGACAUUGUAAGUUGUGAUGCAAGGAUCUCCGGUGACACAACAAAAGUUCAAAAAGCAGAGGACUUCAAACACAUCUAUCAGACACGCUGGAGGGAGAUGAUCUCAUGUCAUGCUCACAAUACCCUGGAAGAAAAAAGGUACAACGCUCCACUGAUCUUGCCAUUUGCAGAUGAUGUCAAGAAACUCCAUAUAUAUUUAAAGGAGAAACAGCAAGAAUACUACAGCACACUUUUUAAUGCACCGAACACCAAGACCUGGGCAAAACUGGCUAAAGUCACUCUUGCACAAAUGAUCAUCUUCAACAGAAAAAGGCAAGGAGAAGCCUGUCUGAUGCCAGUACAAUCAUUCGAGUCUCGAGACAAAUCUACUUUAAAUAGUGAUAUUGCUGACUCUCUCUCAGAAGUUGAACAAGCACUAUGCAAGUACUUUAGUCGUGUAGAAAUCCGUGGAAAACGCGGAAGGAAAAUUGCAGUACUUUUGGCACCGGAAAUGAUCAAAUCCAUGGAGUUGCUGGUUAAAACACGUGAAGUUUGCGGUGUUCCGAAGGAGAACAUCUACAUGUUUGCAAUCCCAGGCUGCGAGACAUCAUUUCGUGGAUCAGACUGCCUGCGCUGCUUUGCCAUGGAGUGUGGUGCUAAAUGUCCAAAAGCCCUAUCGUCCACCAAGUUGCGCAAACACAUCUCUACAAUGUCCAGAGUUCUUAACAUGAACGACACAGAAAUGGACCAACUUGCUGAUUUCCUGGGACAUGAUAUUCGUAUCCACAGGAAAUAUUACAGAUUACCCGAGGGAACACUCCAGCUGGCAAAAAUCACCAAAGUAUUGAUGGCAAUGGAGCAGGGAAGGCUUAACGAAUUCAGAGGGAAAGGUCUUGACCAGAUCAGCAUCAAUCCAACAGAGUGCGUUGAGCCUGGUCCUGGGAUAGAGAGUGAAACCGAACUGUCAGAUCAUUCUCAUGAUGUGACGUCAAGUGAGACAGCAGGCACUUCAGGAGUGAAUAGCAGCAGGCCAGUAAACACGAAUGAAGGAUCUCCGGAGAGGACACGGGAGGUCAUGAAAGUAACAUCAGUUCCUAGGAAGAGAAAGUGGAGUGAGGUGGAGAUUGCGGCUGUAGAAGAGACAAUGAUGAAAUUUAUUCACUCGGGAGUUACUCCUGGAAAAGUCGACUGCGUUGCAUGCAUUACAGCAGCCCCCAAAGCCCUCGGUGAACGAGACUGGCAGGCGGUGAAGUAUUAUAUAAAAAACAGAAUCACAGCAUACGAGAGAAAGACCUCAAAAAAGUAAGGUGGAUUUUGAAUGUUGAUUCCGUUUUUGCGUUUUAGUUGAUUUAUAUUGUUUUGUUUUGUUUUGGUCUCAAUACCAUUGUUGGAAACAUUAUAUUGUAAUUUAAGUUUUGAAAGAGUUAAGACGGCUCGAUGUUGGUUGUAAAUUUGGUGCUUGGACUUCUUUUUUUUAAGUCUGCUGGCAAAAUGCUGUGUCAGGUGAUAAGGAGUUGGUGUAAAUGUUCAGUAGCCAUACGACAGAGUGAGUGCCUAUAGUUUUCAAUGCCUUUAUUCAGGCCCCUUUACUUUUCACAUUUUAAUUUUAAAUUGAUUAAUUUAUUUUCUGAUGGCACAUCAUAAAAACUAUAUGUUGUAAUAUCUGGUGGCAAGCACGGAACCCAUACUGUACUGAUUAAAUUUGGCUGUAGAUUCAAUUUGUAUCAAGGUCGUUUUUAUUUCUCUUGGAUUUUUUUUUUUAAUGACUUAAAGAUUAAAUUCUUAGAGCAUUUCAAAACAAGACAAAAAAAACUCCAUUCCACUGAUAAUGUUCAUAAUUUUAGACAAUUUAAGAAUUGUAGCUCUGAUCUAACCUUUCCGAAUGUGUUAUUACUGGUUAACUACAGGAUACUUAACUUUACCUCAAACAUAAUACAUACUUUUAAAAGUAACCUUACCAUGUAUACGUUUAAUGGGUUUUUUGUGUGUAUCUUCUUGUUUGUGCUCUGUCAGUAUAAGGGUCGGUGUUUGUAAAAGCACUCUGUGACAACUUGGUUUUAAAGGGCUUUAUAAUAUAUAUUAGAUUGACUUUGAUAAGAGCAGCUAAAUCACAUUCAACGAAUGUCUCUCAUGGGUCAUAAUAAUCAGUAAAUGUAGCAACUGAAUUGUGUAAGAAUGAGUUAAAUGCAGUAUAUGAUUGUGGCAGUCUUAGUGGACUGAAAUGACUUGCAGUUGAAGAAGUUAAAGUUCAUUUUUGAAGUCAAGCUGAACUAACUUGUUAAACCACCCUAUUUUUAACAAACCAAUAUAACUUCCAGAAAUACCAUUAUGAAUUGGCCAGCUGGCCAUAUUAUGACCUUUCUUUGUCUGUAGAUUACACUGGUUUGUCCCCAGAUUGGACAUUCCAUGUGUACUUACUCAUACACUAGUUGGUCAGGGUUUUGUCCCCAGAUGGGACUUCCGUUAAUGCCCAUAUAAGGAGUUGUCCCCGUGUCCCCACAUGUGUUAACCUGACCUGUCCCCAGAUUAUCACCUACCCUUAUUUUAAUGAAUUAAUUACAUUUUAAGUGAGAUAUUUAUUAAACUUUUUUUUUUAGAUUUUUUGAUGCGUUUAUCUAGUCUCUAGGAUGUCAGGAAAGUGGUGUCCCCAAAAUGUGGUAAAUAACUGGUGCCCCCACGAGGCACCCCAAACAAGUAUGCGUGGGUGUGUG